GACGUCGAACCACCCGCGGAUGCCGCUGACGAGGAGUAUCUCGAUUAUGAAGAGGAACACGGAUACAGCACACUAUCACCGGAAGAGAUAUUACAGUCCGUAUUCAUGGACUUACCGGUGGAGGAAAUCCGAGACAGCUUGAUCGCCAACGGCUGGAACGUUGAGCGAACGCUCGAAACUCUUCUGACGCCGGAAGUGCCUCACAUCCAAUUGGACGCAAACUACGACCGGCCCACGCAGACGAGCACAGCUAUAAGCACGCAAAAUGUGCGCCCCGUGUGCCGGCACUUUCUAGGAGGUAACUGUUACAGGUCGGAUUGCUGGUAUUCCCAUGAUCCAGAGGGUCUGGUCUGCAGAUAUUGGUUGUCCGGUGGAUGUAUGAAAGGCACGGCUUGCCCGUUUACCCAUGGCUCCGACUUGCUGGGGCGCACAACAGAGACUGCUCAAAGGUCCCAUCCAAGCAUACCACAACCGGCACGACCCCCAGCGGAGGACUUUCCGGCAUUAUCAGCAAGCAAAGGGCCAGCGAGAGCGAAACUCGAUUUCUGGGGUCCUACCCAAAAAUUUGUCGAUGUGGCGAGGAAGAAGCCAGCGAAAGGAUCUCUUCCGCCUUCUGUUUCGAAUACGAAUGCACCGUCUGCGCUGGUGCCUUUGAAACGCUCAACGACUCUUGUGCAGGCCAAGUGGGUAAGCACUGGCGAUACUCUGGCUGCGACCUAUACCCAAUUUCGCCAAGAGGCCAUUGACGCAGCUAUUCAAAGAAACAAGCUAUUUCAGAGGGCUACGCAGGCUUACCUUUCGGGAAACAAGGCAGCAGCCAAAGCAUUCUCACUUGGAGCUCAUCGCAUGAAUGAGCGAGUAGAAGAACUUCAUCGGCAAGCCGGAAAGCGCAUAUACGCAACUCGCAACGCCUCGCACACCGUCAACGGGAAUGGUGAUGUCCAAGUCGACCUGCAUGGCUUGCAUCCAAGCGAGGCGGUGGAGAUGCUCGAAUCCAAGAUCGCAAACCUCAAACGGCAGAAUUUUUCUGGGAGGCUGAUUGUAGUGACGGGCACCGGGAACCACAGUCGCGGGCAAAAGGCCAAAUUGCUUCCAGCCAUCCGAGAGUACUUGCAGCAGAAAGGCCUCCGGGCGCAGGAAUCGAGCAUGUCAGAUAGGCGGGGCGGGGCCUUCACAAUAAAUAUAUAAAGAACGUAAACACAACGAAAAAUUGAUGGCGUAUGCACAUUACUCGUACUCGUAAAACCCAGAUGGCUUCAAGAGCAGAUCCGAGCGCAUUCCUCAGCACACAUCAUUCAUCAUUGAGAGAACGGCACGUAGAGAUGAGAUGUGUUGCAUUAUAGAAAGUGAAAACGUGUUUGACAAAGGAUGUGGUCAAAAUGAUCAGAAUGAGAUGUGUU